AGGGAUUUACAGUCAAAGACUCCUAUGGCUCACUUUGACCCUUUUUCAGACCAACUCGUUGUGGAAGAUGGUCAAGUAGAUUAUUCUUUCGAUCCUUUCACAGCUACAGAUAUUGAAUUUCGUGAUAAGGAAAAAGAGCUCUCUCUGAUGAAGUUGCAACGGCCUAGAGUUUCUCUGAAAUUUGAAGACCUGUCUGUGACUGCAGUUCAAAAGGAGGGCUGUUGGAGAAAACAACAACAACAGAAACAAAUACUGAAAAAUAUCGCUGGAAUUGUUUACUCUGGACAGCUGCUUGCUAUAAUGGGGCCAUCUGGCUCAGGAAAGACCACCUUGCUCAACCUACUUGCUGGGAGGUUGUCAGCUUCCAGUAACUUAUGUGGUAGCGGAAGCAUCACUAUUAAUGGGAAAAAAAGGGAUCCAGGUUCUUUCAAAAAAUUGAGUGCUUAUGUUAUGCAGGAUGAUCACAUGUUUGCAGACCUGACGAUAGAAGAACAAAUAUCCAUAUCUGCAAAUUUGCGUCUUCCAAGUAGUAUUUCAGAUGCUGAAAAGAAACGUAGAAUUGAAGCUGUUAUCUCUGAGUUGGGACUUUCUGGAGUAAAGAAAUCUUUCAUUGGUUCAGAAACGAAAAGAGGAGUAAGUGGUGGAGAAAGAAAACGUGUCAGUAUUGGUACAGAGCUGGUGACAGAUCCUUCCUUAUUAUUUUUAGACGAACCAACCUCAGGUUUGGAUGCCUUCAAUGCGCAGAAUGUUGUUCAGACGCUGGUUCGUCUUGCACGGAAUGGCCGUGCAGUUGUAAUGACAGUGCACCAACCGAGAAGCAACAUAUUUGGCUUGUUCGAUAUGCUUUUAUUGCUUUCUGAAGGUCAAAUCAUUUAUUUUGGUCUUGCAAAAGAUGCAUUGCCAUAUUUUUCGCAGUUAGGAUAUGAAUGUCCUGAGCAUUUCAACCCAGCGGAUUACUUCCUGGACCUUAUAUCAAUAGACUUGCGGUCAUCUCAACUUGAACGCAACUCUCGAGGUCGAGUUUUAUAUCUUCAUCGUGCAUACAAUGAAACUUUAUUCGCUAACGGAGGUAAUAUGAUUGUUCAAGAUGAGAUUUCGCCAAAGGUUGAAAAGGAAACAAGUCAAGAGACUGAUGUUACAAAUAUGAACAAGUAUGCUUAUCCUUAUUGGAAGGAAUUCUUUCUCUUGUGCAAUCGUGCUUGGAAGUUACUUAUUCGAGAAAAGGGAGUUUCCUUGAUUCGUGCUGCUCAAACAAUGAUAUUUGCUGUAUUAUUGGGUCUAAUUUGGUUGAACAAAGGAAGAAAUGUCUCUUCGAGCAAUUAUGUAGACAUUGAAGGCAUCCUCUUUUUUAUUCUUAUCAACCAAAGUUUCAUUAGUAUAUUUGGAACUAUAUUUACCUUUCCACUAGAACGCUCCAUCGUUCUACGCGAACGUGCGAGUGGAAUGUAUAGAGUGUCUGCGUAUUAUCUGUCCAAGACGUUGGUUGAGAUACCCCGCUCCUUACUGUUUUCCUUGUUUUUCUGUGUUGUGUUAUAUUGGAUGGUCGGUCUGAGAGAUUCAGCACGUUCCUUUUUUCUCUUUCUGGUGGUAAUUUUCCUUACUUCAUUGACUGCCGAAGGCAUUGCGCUUACUGUCUCCGCUGGGGCUCCGACUCCUCAAAUUGCUUCAGCUAUUAUUCCACUUUUCUUAGUUGUGUCUAUAUUAUUUGGUGGUUUCUUUUUAUCCAACGCACAAAUUCCAAACUAUUUUGUUUGGUUGAAAUAUAUGUCGUUUGUGAAAUAUUCAUUUGGAGCCUUGAUGCACAUUCAAUUUGAUGAUUUUCAGUUUCAGCUUGUAGACUCAAGCUGUAUAGUAUGUGAUGGAAAUGAAGUUCUUUCUGUUUCGGGGACGACCGAUUUUUCCUUAGGAGGAAAUAUUGGAGUAAGACAAGUACUUCAAUUUGGUUUAUAUUUGUUGAUAUUUUUAGUUGCUCAUUACCAUAAUGAUGAUCUUUCGCAUAUCAGCCUAUGUGGUUUUGCGAAUAAGAGGUCCAAAAUAUGACAAAAAUUUGUGAUUGAAAAUAGCUCGUCGUUGAACAAUCUACCCAACGCGCUUUUUACCGAAGGACUGUCAAAAGAUGAGACUUUGGUGCUAGUCAAACCGAUUUGAAUCGAAUAAGUAGCGUCACAUACGAAUAAAUGGGGUUUUUGUCACUUUUUCCGUCAUUAACGGACGCCAUAACGUGUAA